AUGCAGGGGUGGCGUGGCACCGACGGCACUGCUGCGGGCCAACGAGCGCCACCGCUGCCGUCGCUGCAGCUUGCGUCGCUGCCCGGCCGCCCCUGCGGCGGCAGCGCCCGGGCCGUGGGGCCGCCGGCGGCAGCGGUGACAAUCUGCAAGGUGCCCCAGCCAGUGCUGGAUCCUUUGAGCCUGGUAGCAGAUCAUUCCGAGGCCGCCGGCAGCGGCAGCGGCACAGGGACUGGCUCAAGCGGCCGCGAAGACAGCAGCCCCGCGGCGGGGCCUGGAGCGUCACCCAGCCGCCACCCGCGCACCGGCCCCGACACCGCGCGCCGGCAGCGGCAGCAGGAGCAGCAGGAGCAGCAGCGCGCGCUGCAGGACGCACUCCACGCGCACUUCUCGUCCGCGCCGCGUUGGGUCUCGGCCGGCGACAUUAUCUCUGUCGCUGUGCCUCAGCCCGGCUCGCGGCUGCCCAACUUCUGCGGAGACGCGGCCGGCGAGCGCGACGCCAGCGGCGGCGGAAGCUUCGUCCGGUGGUGGCUGUCGCAGCACUCAAUCGUCCACUUUCGAGUCACAGGUGUGCAGGCGAGGCUCGUGGGCGGCGCUGACGGCGCCCCGGGCGGCCCGCUGCUGGUGGACCCUCAGGCGACGGCCCUGGUGCUCGAGGGCGGCUCGAGCCGCGCUCCUCUGCCCGUGGGCUUCGCGGGCUAUGCAGCGGCGGGCGCGCAGCGCGCUGCCGAGGUGCAGCGGCGGCAGCAACAGCAGCAGCAGCAGCAGCAGCAGCAGCAGCAGCAGCAGGCAGGGCGGCGAGAAGAAGCUAGGAAGGACGAGUGUGGGGCGGGUGUGGCGGAGGCGGCGGCGGGGCCGCCGCUGUUGGGCGUGCACGCGAGCGCGGCCUGGCACCCCUCGCCCGGGCUUCCCGGCGUGUGCGGGCCGCUGCUGCCGGCGUGGCGCGAGGUCGCGCGCGUGGUCGCGCCGCUGAUGCACCCCGCUGCGGCGGGCGUCCCGGUGCGCGCGGCGGUGCUGCUGCAUGGGCCGCGGGGCAGCGGCAAGCAGACGGCGGCACGCGCGGCGGCGGCGGCGCUGGGCAUGAACUGCAUAUCUUGGAGCUGCCUGGAGGUUCGGUCCCCUUUCAACGGCCACACCCAUGCGACCCCCCGCGACCCACGCACGUGA